AUGACAUGUUUUAUUUUAAUGUUUUUUGUUAUUUCAUGGUUUCAAAUUUACAACUGGUUUAAAAUAUAUCUUCUGUAACACAACUAAUACAUUUAGGAAAAAUCUUACUUGGCACACCUUGCACACAAGAUGUUAAUUAUUCAUACUGCAUGA